AUGGCGACGAACGGCACCAAAACGGACGGACAAGUCACAGAACUGAACGAGGUGGCCACUAGUAAUGACAAACCCAAGUCACUGGACGUGAAACCCGAUAAGCAGAAAAAGGAAAAUGAGUUGCCUGCUAGAGAAACAUGGGCGGGAAAAUUUGAUUUCCUCCUGUCGUGUGUGGGUUAUGCAAUUGGACUGGGAAAUGUAUGGAGAUUUCCCUAUCUCUGUGGAAAAAACGGUGGAGGAGCCUUCUUGAUUCCCUAUUUUUUGACUCUCAUAUUUGCUGGGAUGCCCUUGUUUCUACUGGAAACCUCCCUUGGUCAAUACACCUCAAUUGGAGGGCUUGGUGUGUGGAAACUGGCUCCUAUGUUUAAAGGUGUGGGCCUUGCAGCAGCUGUCCUGUCCUUCUGGCUUAACAUUUACUACAUUGUAAUCAUUUCCUGGGCUAUUUACUACCUGUAUAACUCCUUCACCGCUGAUCUUCCAUGGAGCUCAUGUAACAAUGCAUGGAACACAGACAAAUGUUACACAAACUACUCCAUCCCAGAUACCGCCAAUCUCACCAGUGCAGUGGUGGAGUUUUGGGAGCGCAACAUGCAUGAAAUGACCGAUGGCUUGGAAAAACCAGGCCAGAUUCGAGUGCCACUGGCAAUAACGCUGGCCAUCGCUUGGGUCCUUGUGUACUUCUGUAUCUGGAAAGGGGUUGGCUGGACAGGGAAGGUGGUUUACUUCUCAGCUACAUAUCCCUACUUCAUGCUGUUUAUUCUCUUCAUCCGUGGGGUGACUCUACCUGGAGCUAAAGAGGGAAUUAUGUUCUAUAUCACCCCUGACUUUGAAAAACUCAAAGAAUCUGGGGUAUGGCUAGAUGCAGCAACCCAGAUCUUUUUUUCCUACGGAUUGGGAUUGGGGUCACUUAUAGCUCUAGGCAGCUAUAACCCUUUCAAUAACAAUGUUUACAGAGACUCUAUUAUUGUGUGCUGCAUCAACUCAUGUACCAGCAUGUUUGCUGGCUUUGUAAUCUUCUCUAUUGUUGGCUUCAUGGCACAUGUGACAAAGAAAGACAUUGCCGACGUAGCAGCUUCAGGUCCUGGCUUAGCUUUUCUGGCCUACCCAGAGGCUGUAACCCAGUUGCCUGUGUCUCCUCUCUGGGCCAUUCUGUUCUUCUCCAUGCUGCUCAUGCUGGGGAUAGACAGCCAGUUCUGCACUGUUGAAGGCUUCAUCACUGCUUUGGUCGAUGAAUUUCCCAGAGCUCUUAGGAAUAGACGAGAGCUCUUCAUCGCAGGUGUCUGUCUGGUGUCCUAUGUGAUCGGACUUUCAAACAUCACACAGGGUGGAAUCUAUGUGUUCAAACUGUUUGACUACUACUCUGCCAGUGGGAUGUGUCUGCUGUUCUUGGUCUUCUUUGAAUGCAUCUCCAUAUCCUGGUGCUAUGGUGCGGACAAGUUCUAUGACAACAUCCAGGAGAUGAUUGGAUACAAGCCUUGUCUCUGGUGGAAGCUGUGCUGGGUCUUCUUCACCCCUCUCAUUGUUGGUGGGGUGUUCUUGUGGAGCGCCAUACAAAUGGUUCCUCUCACAAUGGGAGACUAUGUGUUCCCAAACUGGGGUCAGGGAGUGGGCUGGCUCAUGGCGCUGUCCUCCAUGGUUCUCAUACCAGGAUACAUGAUCUAUAUGUAUCUCGGGCUCAAGGGCACUUACAAAGAGCGACUUCGGAUAAUGCUUCAGCCUCCUGCAGUUGUCAGGCGAACUCAGGAGAAUGGACCUGAGCAGCAGGCGGAGACCAACGCUGCUAAUCUCUCCAGCCCUGCCAAUCCAGCCAAUCCUGCCAGCCCUGCCAACCCAGCCAAUCCUGCCAGCCCUGCCGACCCAGCUCCUGCAAACCCCACCAGCCCAACCAGUCCGGCUCCUGUCAACUCAACCAGUCCUGUGACCCCCGCUAACCCGGCUCCUCCAUCGGCCAAUCCAGCCACCGCUACUAGCCCGGUGAACCCAGCCACUAGUCCCACCAUCACCACCACCAUCAGCAGCACCACCAUGACAACCUCCUUAAGCCCCACCGCUGCCACCACCACCACAGCAAGUCUGGCUAAUACCACCACCACAACAAUGAGCCCAACCAGCCCACCGCCCAACCCGGCUAGCCCAACGGAGCCUGUUAACCCCCCAAACCCAACAAGUCCAACCUCUAACCUGACCAAUGCCGAGGCCAACGUGUAG